AUGAUUAAAAAUAUAACUGGCUUGGAAGAAAAGACGCGUGCAGUGCUACAAAUGAUUAACGUUUUGCAAAACAACUAUACUAAGAAAUCAGAAGAGGAAAAACAACAUCUAAAGCAGGUUGAGACCAAUUGGACGGAAAAGAUGCUAGAGGUGGAGCAAAAUAUAAGUCGUUUUUAUGAAGUGGUUCAGAAGAAAAACAUUGAAAUAAAUGAUGAAAAAGGAUUAUCUGAAGAAAUACUUCAAAAUAAUUCAUCAAAGGAUUUACGAAAACUUUAUGAUGAAACUGACAAGAAAAUAGAUGACCAGAAAGAAAAAAUUGAUGAACUCAAGAAGAAAAUGUUUCUUGAUACUGAAAGAAUUAAUGCAAGCAUUAAAAAGCUUGAUGGGGAUUUCAAUGAAUUUAACAGAACUUUUGUAAAAGAAGAAACGAUUAUUAAUGGACAAUUCACCUAUGUCAAGCAAAGUAUUAGUAGAUUACUAAAAAGUGUCACGGAAAUGGAUGAAAAAUCAAAGAAGGUUCAGGAAGAAGUUGAUGCCGAAAAAAGCAAAGUUGAAUCCACAAUGACUAAUAUUAAGGAGCUGACGGGAUAUAUAAACGAUUUAAAGAGUCAUAAUACAAAAACAGAUGAGGACACCAGUGAAAAAUUUAGAAGCAUUGGUGUAAGAGUGAAUAAUAUAGUGAUAAUGGUGAAGGAUGUUGAUAUGAAGAUUGAUGAAAAGGCAGAGACAAUUAACAAAAAAAUUGAUGCCGAAAAGAGGAAUGCUGAAUCCACAAUGGCUUAUGCCAUGGAGCUGGAGGGAAAUUUAAAAGAAUUACACGAUCAUACCACAGAAAGAGAAAAACAAGUCAAUGAAAAAUUUAUAAGCAUUGAAAAAAAAGUGAAUGAAUUAGAGAUAAAGAUGGAGCAAGUUGAUAAAAAGAUUGAUGAAAAGGCAGAGACGAUUAACAAAAAAGUUGAUGCCGAAAAGGAGAAUUUUGAAUCCGAAAUGGCUGGAGUGCACGGACGGUUAAACUACUUCUCUGUUGAACUUAAUGAUAUCAAUCUGUACAUUGUGGGAUUCUUGCUCCUAGUGGUUGUUGGUGUCAUUUUCACUGCAUAUAAAAUUUUGUUGCCAAAGCAAUCACCUGUAGCGGUCUAUGACCAGACAGCAGCUAAAUCUGCCCCACAGCCCAGGGUAGGAGGCUUGACCAUUCUUACAUUGCCAUCUGAAAUUGUUGAAGGUAUAUCCAGACAAAAUUUGGAGCCAGGAAUAAAUGUUAUAAGCUUUACCUCUUCUACACAGCAGUUUCAUAAGAAUCUUAUAGACGCAGUCCCUAAACCUACUUCUACACAAAUUCAUUCAUGCCUUAUCCAUCGAUCAAGUGAUAUCCCACACACUACCCCCUCCAAGGUUGUGUUUAUAUUUGUUGACUUUAACGAGAGGAACAUUAUCCUGGAGGACCCAGAGACAGAAAUAGGUGACCUCAGGAGACUGACCACUCAAGGACUCCUCAACAUGGGGUGUGAUGUUUUUGUGAUUUACGUUAAAGACAGGGGAUCUCAGGAUUUACCUCGGGAUCAGCUGUACAGUCCCCGCCUUUACUCAGUUGAGCGACACCCUAUACUUCAUAAACUUAAGGAGAAACACCGUGUGUUGUCUCUCUACGACAGAUUCCAUCCACACCAGGUGAAAUUCUUAGAGGACUGCUUCAAACGCUUGUGAUUUGAUGGUCCAUAUGACUGUUGAUCUUGAAGUCUGACUCAUUAACCGAUUAUAACACUGUAGCUGUGACGGUGAUGAUCUCUGAUUUUUAGUGUAAUAUGUAAGAUUGUGAAAACAUUUU